UCACAAAAUUGGAUAUAGCUCCUUCUGCAAUUGGUAUUUCAGGAUAUUGAUCUGGUGGGAUGAAUUAUAGCGUUACUCGUAUUGGUGGUGACAUCACUCUCCGAUUCGCAUAUUACACCAAUCUAGGUAUUGUGAACAUGGCAAAGAGGACGUAAUCUUGGAAAUAUCUACAUUUAAUGUGUAUCCAGCUAUACUCAUAAUGGAUAAAUUGUGAUGUUCUAAAUUCGUUUGAAGGGAGUACAUUUCCAGCCAAGAUUUUUUGUAUGGAUUGAGUAUCGCCUUCCUCUCGGAUAUUUAAAGGAUUACGCCAGUGAUUCAGAGAAAAAACACAUGCCAAGCUUUUAUAUUGCCCUGAAACUAUCAUGGAGCUAUAAAGUCUCGAAAAAGAGUCAAAUAGUUGAUUUGUUUUGCUUUAUUCCGCGAAUUGCUUACCUAUCAAUACUUCAACGCAUCAGAACAUUAUUCAGACGGGAUAAAGACCGAAAGUAAUCAACUUUAUUUUUUCAUUUCACAAAACUGUAUGAGAAAUUAUGCUUUUGUAAACCUUUUGUAGCAGAUAGUAUUCUGCAAGAAGUAUAAAUGUUUGUCCUCACGCAUAUUUUACUGGCUUCAGUUGCGUGUAAAUGAAUACGUUUAAUUUCAUGUACAUACUCGUCAUCACGUUUUAGAAUUAACAAACUUCACCAUUCGACUGACUUACCCGGAAUAGUUUUGAACCGAUGACCUUCAGAUUCCAUCAACAGGAAGCCAAAAGUAAACCACAUGACCAAGUCACACCGUUUCUAAUAUGAUUGGAUAUUGUUCAUAGAUGCACGUGAUUAAGGCGGGAACGGAUCACUGACUUUUACCAACCGAUAUCAAGGCCAAUAUAGAAAUAAAACAGAAGGAAAUAUGCAAGCCUCUAUAUUUUAUUUGAUAUUCAUCUUCAAAGCCGGAUUCGUUGGGCUUUCAAGGGGUUACCAAAGUGGUGCGCCUGCAUCAGCUUGUGUGUCUCUUACACCAGGACACCAAGGGACAACACCAAGCUCAAAUCCAUUCCGCUAUUCCAUCACUACUGAUGGUCAAUCAUAUCAACCAGGAGGAAAGGUCACAGUAACCAUUUCAUCAAACACUGGCAGCAUAAUUCGCGGGUUUUUCAUCCAAGCAAGACCAGUAAACCAAAACAUCCCUGUUGGAUUCUUUGAGACGAGGCCCUCUACGGCUCAACAUCUAACAUGCCCAGGUGGACCAGCUUUGAAUUCUGUAACACACAGCAUAGGUAUGUCACAGGAAAGAAUGUCGUCUGUGGUUGUCGGUUGGCGGGCACCAACAUCACUACAUAGUGACAUACAGUUUAUAGUCACAGUGGUCGAGUCGUUUACUGUGUAUUGGACGAACAGAUAUUCGGACGUUAUCAGGGGAGCUGGCGGAGUUUAUAACUGUCCCGAGAUGUUUGAAUUUUCAUUGGAGAAAGACCAAAGCUAUGCUAUUGUUGAUUUGGACGAUGUGUUGGGUCAAGGUGUACCACCUUACGACAUCAUCAGCGGGCCGGUGAUGUCGAGUCCAACACAAUUAGACUACAGUGAGACACUCCGUCAAGGUGUGACAGUGACUGUCAGGAUGAGAGGAGCCAUUGAUACCAGCAAUGAUUGCUCGUUUCUUCUCAUACUAACAGAUAACCAGGCACCCAAUAUAACAUGUCCACAAAACCGCCUGCUUCAGACAUCUUCAUCGGAUAUCGAGGUCUUCUGGCCCCCAGCGGUAGCCAGAGAUAAUGUCGGACUCCGAUCUAGUAACCCUAUCGUCUAUUCACACAUCAAUGGUAUCAGACUACCUGUUUCGCCAGACCCGGUUAUAAUAACAGUGACGGCGUAUGAUACAUCGGGCAACGCAGCCACGUGUGACUUUAGGAUAUUGGUGGGAGAGCAAGGUGUCGACGACGACAACCUCAUCAUGAUCGACUGUCCCGACAACGAUGUCAUCACCUUCCCUCUGGAUCCUGGUAAAGAUAGUAGUACCAUCGACCUGGACAUCCAGGGACGCGAUGUCAACGGACAGCCCGUACCCAUCUACCGUACCGCUGGACCUACCGAUGUCACCCUACCGGGGAUAGUUCAGUACUCGGAGAGGUUCAGGGAGGGGCAACGGUUUACAUUCGUGGCAGAAGAUCCCACUACGAAUGAGAAGCGUACUUGCAGCUUCGUACUUAAAAUCGUUGACGAUGAGACCCCGACCAUCGAAUGUCCGCAAAAUAUCAGAGUGAGAACAAAUAGGGACACGACUCCGGUCACAUGGUCUCCGGCUCAAGCAUCGGACAACCUUGCUGCCUCUUACAACAUCACUAUAUCAUACAGCCCUGAGAAUGGUUCGAUCCUUGAAGCUUCAGAUCCACCUAAGAUGAGUGUCAUCACCGCCGAAGCCAGCGAUACAUUCAAUAACGUUGCUCGAUGUCAGUUUAUUGCCUCUGUCCAGAAAGUCGGUGCAGUUUGUCCAUUUCCGAGUCUUCCAAACACUUCAGCAGUCUGCCAGGAGACGGCAUCAGGUCAAACACAAUGUAGUGUUUCAUGUGACUUUGGUUUCCUAUAUGUCAUGACUUCUAACCAAUUCAUCUGUGAGAUGGCAACUGAUGGCGUUACAUAUUGGAACCCGUUACCCAAUGACGCAAUGUGCGCAGAACCUGAAUUGGGAGAGCGAAUAUAUCAAACCGUAACGAUACGUUUCAUCAUUCCGCAAGAGACGUGUCUCAACGACGAAGACCUUCCCCGUAUUGUUCGAACCUAUAUCGUUCCUCAACUACUGGAGGAAUCCUUAUGUGAGUACGAGGACGCUAAAGCAUGCGAAGAUAGUUAUAUCAUACCACACUGUGGCGGGAAAUCAGGGGCGAAGAAACGACGACAGUCAGCGCGGACACUUCUUGAUGUCGACAUCGAAGUCAGCUCCGUGGUCGAUAGUAAUACAGACAAUAUGCGAGUGGCAAGUAUGGAGCAAGACGUUGAUACCCUCGUCAAGAUGAUCGAAAGGCACGUGAUGGAAAGUCGGGUUACAAUCCGGAUCGAUGGGAAUGACUAUAAUUCAGAGACGGACUGGUCGGUCGUUUCAUCAGGUUUCACUUGGUCAUGUCCUCGUGGAUGGAAGAUCACUGACCGUGGAUGUGUGCCUUGCCCACGAGGAUCAUACUUUGAAGAAACUAGGAACAUAUGUGAGUUUUGUCCUGUGGAAGACUAUCAAGACCUUCCUCAGCAGACAUCCUGCAAGCCGUGUACAGGAGAGAACAUCGUAGGCGGAGAAGGGAAGAUAUCUGAACGCGGAUGUUCGUCGGUCACUCCUUCAGAACCCCAGGAAACAACUUUUACGAGCCUUACUGCCAUAUUCGUCAUCUUCUGUAUCAUCUUAUGUCUCGGUAUCCUCUUCCUCGUCAUCAUCGGUAUCAUCUACUGCUGCAUGAGGAAUACAAUCACCCAUCACUUCCCUUCGUCAUCACGAAAACGAUCUUUAAGCAAGUUGCAAUACCUCAACCAGGCUUUCGAAAGUGACAACGAAACGGCGACCGGUCCGGACAUGCGAUAUGAAAACAACAGAGGUACGGCACGACGGAACGUCUCUAGGCAGUUCAGUCGGUCAUCGCUGAGCACACAGUACGGUUAUUCGCAAGAGGACCCAGACGAAGUCGCACUCAUGAACUCGAAUUUUACGUUUGGAGUACGAGACGAUGACGGUGGGUUGAUGAUGCGACCUGCCGACGGUUCAGGUCGGUCGGAACACGGCGGUCCUGAUGGCGGUGAAUCUACAACGUCACCUGGAUCACCCGAAGAAAGUAGCACGUCACAAUCGCCUACCAACCAAGGGGAGGAGAAACGUGGUGAGAAGGUACUUGAUGAGAGCACUGGAGAGUAUCUUUGGCCAGCUCCCCCUUCGCCUCCUAGCCCUCCACCACCCCCAGUCCAAAGAGAAGGUGAAACUGUCAUGGAUGAAAAUAAUGCACCUACUACAAGACUGUAG